AUGGCAACGAGACCGCGACACAUACUCGUCACAGGCGGGAGUCGCGGCAUCGGCCUAUCCAUAGCCCAACUAUUCGCAAAAAACUCAUACAGAUGCACCCUCAUAUCGCGCUCAGAGCAAAAUCUCAAAGCCGCCGUCUCAUCAUUACACCCCCUACCUUCCACAUCCACCUCCACCCAAUACCAGCACAACUACAUAGCAGCCAAUAUAUCGCACGGCCCAGCCUUCUGGUCCGCCCAGACCUUCGGCACCCACCUCCCCAAACCAUCCCGGGACGCAGCCUCCACACAUCCCUCGCACAUCGACGUAGUCGUAAACUGCGCUGGCAUAACCCAAGCCAAGCUCUUCAGCAUGCUCGACGAGUCUACCAUCGACCAGCUCAUCACCACCAAUCUAACCGCCAUAAUGCACGGCACAAAGUUCUUACUCCGCAAUGGCUAUCUACGCAGCCCCAAGGCCGAAACUCAGGGCCCCAGCCCAACCAUUAUCAACGUGGCCUCGCUGCUGGGUUUGCAAGGCGGAUAUGGUGCAGUCGCGUAUGCGGCGUCAAAAGCGGGUGUACUGGGUUUUACGCGCGCGCUGGCGACUGAGUAUGCAAGUCACAAGGUGCGCGUUAAUGCUAUUGUGCCCGGGUACGUGGACACGGAUAUGACGAAAGAUCUCAACUCUGCGGAAAUCCAACAGAGGAUUCCGCUGGGUCGUUUUGGGGCGCCGGAGGAAAUUGCGCAUGCGGCGUUGUUCCUUGCGGAGAAUCAGUAUGCGCAUAAUUGUGUGAUUAAUCUGGAUGGAGGGCUGUCUGCUGUCUGA